AAUUUGUGUGUACGUUGACAAUUUGGAGAGCUUCGAUCCUGGUCAUAUAACGUCCAUCGCAGGAGUACGAUCUGUAUCUGUAACGCUGCUGCAGGAAUAUUACCUAGUCGGUACAAAUAUGGUGGCAAAACAGAGAAUUCGCAUGGCAAACGAAAAGCACAGCAAAAACAUCACACAGCGAGGCAACGUAGCCAAAUCAACGAGAAACUCCCAAGAUGAUAAAGUGGCGGUGGGACCCUGGCUUCUGGCACUCUUCAUCUUCGUUGUUUGUGGAUCAGCAAUCUUCCAGAUCAUCCAGAGCAUCAGAAUGGGGAUGUAGCAUGGAGGACAUAGCCAGCCUGACCCUUCUUGCAGUCUGAUGAUAUCCCAGCAUUCCUCGCUGUACCUUCCCAAUGGUUACACCAUGCCUGGCAAAUUGAAGUUGAUGUCUCAUUUUGUGUUUUUUUUUUUUAAUACUGUCUUGAUUCUUUAUUGCCAAGCUGUGUAACCACACCAAGGUCAUUCCUUCCUUGUGCCUUAGAAAACAGACAAAUAAAUGUGUUAAAGCCAUACAAUCUGUAAAUUUUACAUUCCAAUCUGGGAUUCCAAAAUGUACUGCAAUUUUCUGUCAAUUUGUAUGAUUUGAUUUACAUGUCUGGCUUUCUGUUGACAUAGGUUCUUGAUUUGUAUUUUUGCUUUCGGUGUGUAUAAUUACUUUUAUAGACCAAUUAUUCCUACUUUCCUCUUUAUUUUAAAAGAUGGAUAAUGUGGUUUGCUUGGAUGUUGUUUUUUUGGCCCUGUCAUAAAUGGCCUGUUUCAGGGUAAUGGCACAGCUUCAGCUCAGCACAGCUUCAGCUGAAGGAAAGGGUAUGAUGUGCCAAACAAAACGUUGUCAGGUAUAAAGAUGACAUCAGAAGGCUUUCACAAACUGAAGAGACAAAUGCACAACAGUGGUUUCAUUCCGUAAGGUAAUAGCCUUAUUGUAUGCAGUGUCAAAGUUCUGCAUGUAUCAUAAUUCUGUGAUGGUUUGUUCUAUUAAGUUUUUUUUUUUUACCCAAAGUUGUGGUACCUGUCAAAUACUCUGCAUUUGCUGCUGAUAAGUCCCCUGUGCCACAAAUAAAAUGGAAAUAAAUA